AUGCUCCGCCCAUAUCGGUCUGCUCUGGCACCUACUCGGCUUAAACAUGUCUCACCUCUGUUUCUCACCUCACCGCCUCGCCUGCCUCUUCAUUUCCCCCGUGCCUUUUAUCACCUCCAGCUCUCUCGGCCUGCUCUGGCCCGUCUCCAUCCCCAGACGCAUGCUGCGGGCCGCUGUUGGCGUUUCAGAGGAGCUUCGCUGUGCAUCUGCAGGCAUCACCUGUCCGCCCGCGCAUCACUGCCCAUUGACCUGAUUCCCAGCUCUGAUUUAAAAGGCUUCGACUCUGAGCCUUCCUCCGUUUCGUGUGGUCUCUCUCCUCUCUCUCUGCCCAUCUCCCUCCCCUCAUCCGCUACCCAGUCCCUCCAGGCGCAUCUGCAGGCGUCCCCUGUGCGCCCGCGCAUCACUGCCAAUGUCUUCUCCCUCUGCAACCCUCCCACCAACGCCUCCUCCUCCUCCUCCUCCUCCUCCUCUUCAGCCUCAUCUCGUCGCAGUCUGCUCCCUCUGGUGGCGGUGGAUCCGCCAAGCAACAAGUGCCCUGUGGUGUGGGUGCAGGACGUGGAUCGACUAUGCGCCUCCCCUCUGUCUGCUCCUAUUCAUCCCUUCCCUGUCUGCUCCUGUGUCCCUCCGAACUUCUCCCCUCUUUCCGCUCUCCCUCCCGCCUUCCCGCCCUCCCCUCCUGCUCCCUGCAGUCAGAACGUCACUCGCCUGGCCAAGGCAUGCGCCUCUGCAGAUACAGCCUGCUCUAGAUGCGCCUCCACGCUUUCUGCCGCAGCUGCCGCCCUGGCCCGCUACAGCCCGGCUGUAGCGGCUCGCACUGCGGCAAGGGGAAGCGCGGGUAAUGCGAGCAUGGCUGCUGGUGAACCCACCACUGCACCAUCCGAAGCAGUCAUGGAUGAUUGUGCCCGAGUAACAUUCGUGAGGGUGGCUCAGGCUCAGGUACGACUCUCUCGUCGUGUGCCCUCCUUCCUGUCCUUGUGUGCUUACCGUGUGGCUUGUAAAACCACCACUGCACCGUCUGAAGCGGUCAUGGAUGACUGUGGGCGAGUGACAUUCGUGAGGGUGACUCAGGCUCAGGUACGACUCUAUCUCGUCGUCUGCCCCCCUUUGGCCGUGUAUGUUCUACCACUGUGCGCGAGUGCCAUUCGUGAGGGUGGCCCAGGCCCAAGUACGUUCCUUCACCUUUAUUCGUCCUCCUUUUGUCCGCCCUUUCUCGGUGCAGCCCGGCCGUAG